CACACAAGUACGAUAAUACACGUGCAUGUGGGGUUGUCGAAUACCAAAUCCCUUAGACGCCCAUCUCCUCGCUGGUUGCACGCGGACAUGCCCACUGCCCAUAGCCCUUCAAGUCUCUCUGCCACUAUGCACCACUUAUCAGCCGCUCUGCGCGACCUACUCUCCAGCGCAUUCCCUUGUCUUUCCCCCUCACAUAGAGCCAUGUCCGCCCCCAACGAUGUCCUCUACUUUCCCAAGGAAGAAUCCGCCUACAACGUGACUGGAUGGGCGGGGUUCGUCCUCUUCACCCCCACCCCCUCAGAGGAACGUCCGCGCAUCGCCAGCAUAGAACACUGCAAGCGGAAGCGCGGCGUCUUCCACGAGUUUCUCAUCAUCCAUUUCGAGUACCCCGUUCUAGACGCUCCCCCGCUCACCGUGCCCAUCAUCGUCGAGCGCACGAUCGACACCAGCCUGCUCCCCAAAGACAAGAUCCGCCCCGGCGCCGACCUCUCCCGCGAGAACGGCAGCCGCUUUUCCGCCUUCUUCCAAUCAUCGUCCUCCUCCCGCCUCAGCUUGUCCCCCAGCUCCGUGGCCUCGUCCUCGUCCUCUUCCCUUACGCCGCCCGCCUUCGACCGCAUCAUCAUCCCCCCGAAUGGCGCGCCCGUCAGCAAAAUCGACCGCCACGCCCGCCACCCGUAUGAGCACUGCCGCAAGCUCACGUUUAAUAAGCGCUUCACCGACUACGACCUCGCUGCGUUGCUGCUUGCGCUCCAAGAAUACGCUCCCGACUACGCGCUCCUCUCGCGUCAGUGCUAUUGGUAUGCGGCCGUGAUCUACGAUUUCUUCCGCGAGCGCCUCAUCGGCCUUGGCAACGAGGACGGCAAGGAGGUCGAGUUCAAUGUCGACAACCUCAAGGACGAGCGUGGGCGCUUCCUCACUAUCUUCACCAUCCAGCCCCCUGAGCCGCCGCUGGGCAAGAUUAAGUCUGAGUUCGAGAAGCAACUUGCCGCGCUGUUGGACGAGAGGGCCCGGGAGGAUCACCCCGCCGCCAAGUGGGUGAGGUCGCAGGAGGAGGCGCGAGCGGCCAUUGCAAAGGCGGAGGAGGAGGCAGCGGCGAGGGAGAGGGCGGAAGCCGCCGCAAAGGAAGAGGCAGCAGCGAGGGUGGAGGCCGAAGCCGCUGCAAAGGAAGAGGCAGCAGCAAGGGUGGAGGCCGAAGCCGCCGCAAAGGAAGAGGCCGCAGCGAGGGUGGAGGCCGAAGCGACGGCGAAGGCAGCGGAAGCGGCGGCGGAGGCGGCGGAAGCGACGGCGAAGGCAGCGGAAGCGGCGGCGGAGGCGGCGGAAGCGGCGGCGACGGCAGCGGCAGCGGCAGCGAAGGCAGCCGACGCAAGGGCGGUGGCGGCAGAGGCGGCGGCAGAGGCGGAGGCGGCGGCAAGGGCUCUGCUGAACGAUGAGGUUGCCCUUCUCCGGCAGCAGCUCGCGGCCCUGAACCAUGCUGGCCCGUCCCCGGCUGCGUAAUAUCAUACCAAGUAUAUCAUCUAUCGUCCACUGAUCGUCAAGUCUGCUCUCAUAUAUGCUCUGAUCGUUGUUGUCCAUGUACAUCCCAGCACUCUCACAUUCGGCUAUCUAUAUCAUGCUCGAGUUCGCUGUGUUCCCUGAGGCCAAGGCUUUUUUGAUUGAGUCCUUGCGUGUAUGGCAGCUCUAGCAGGCUCUCUGCUGUGCUGAAGCGAUGUCGUCUUACAGUAGGAGACCCUUGGCCAAAUGUAUGACUGGGGGUGCGCAGACGUUGAACCUUCUAAGUAUCAGCGGUCCCCUGCGCAAGCCGCAAAAAAACAUGUAUUUUACAAGAGCUCAGAUCACAGUCUGCAUCGC